CUACAACAGUUAACUAAUACCUGAAGUAGAAUCUUGCAUCGAUGGAGAUGAAUUCUGUUACGCCGCCGAUUGCAGUCUGUCCCUAUCGCAUGAUUCUCGUCAGGUAGCUAAUUACCUUCAUAGAAGAAAUAGAAAAGCAUAAGGAAAAUGCGGUCGCUCGGAGGGCAACAAGGCCCCUCACAAAUGAGGAAAACCGGCUCACCUCUCGCCCACACUAUGAGCAUGGAGCUCGGUAAUUCAACCGACUUCGGUGCCGCUAGAGAACGCGAAGCACGACGUAGCACGUUCUGCGGCCUGGCUCGAGGCCGAGGAAAGCCAAGGUCCAAACUUCCGUCUAUUAAGGCGUAG